GCCAAAAGCAAAGAGUCCAUCCGUCAAAAAGGAGCCCCCGAUUCUUAGAAACAGACGGUGUUCACGCACGCGGCACAUCGUUUAAGCCUACUACCCGCCAAGAGCAUUCAAGAAACCUCUAUACAGUUGCUUUAAAAGUCAAAUAAUUCCCAGUUUAAAACCCUUAAAAAAGUUUUUUCCCCACCAAAAACACACACAAUUUCCAGUUUAAAAUGCCACAUAAUCUUUCAUUCUUCAGUCACAAAUACAAUCCUUUGGCCACAAAAGUAAAAAAAAUUUAAAAAAUAAAAUGAAACCCUCUCGCUCUCGCAGAGUCAGCUUCCCUUCGUCUUCCAGUUCCACCACCACAACCGUCACCUACACCUUCCACAAUGACCAAACUACCCCUCCCCCUCAGCCCAGCCCCACCGGGUCCUCCGAAGGCCCAAUCCCAAUCACCGUCCACCUCCCACACCAGGCCCAGACCAACGCCGCCGCCAAGAUCCAGUCCGCCUUCCGGGCCCACAAGAUCCGGGCCCUCUACAGAACGAUCUCGUCCAUCGAUUCCGAAGCCGACAGCCUGCAACGCCUGAUCCAACGGCAGGAGACGGUGGACGCCGUUAGGAGCGACGACCGCGAGCGGCUGAGGAUGAACGAGUCCCUGAUGGCGCUUCUGCUGAGGCUGGACUCGGUCCCCGGGUGGGACCCGGCCGUGCGAGAGGCCCGGAGGAAGGUCAGCCGUCGGAUCGUGGGGCUGCAGGAGAUUUUGGACGCGAUCUCCGAGGCGAAGAUGGGAGAUACUGGCGGCGGUGUUUUCGGCAGGUACUGUUGGGGGUACGACGGGUUUAUGAGGAACUGGGACGAGGUUGUGGCGGAGAUGGAGGAGGAUGUGUGCAGGGCCAAAGGAGGAGAAGAAAUGGAGAGGUUCUCUGAUCAGUAUUUGGGAUUUCGUUGUCUACAGAGGUUUCUUCGUGAGCUUUGAUUGUGGUCGCUAUUCUCUGUGUUCUGGCAUAUUGUAUGAUAUUAUGGUCUCCAAAUUGAUUGGUGGGGAAUGGGAUAUAGGUUUUAGGUGGUAGGACGUGUAUAGACUACAGAGGGUUAGUUUGUCGUUGCUAUUUUGAAAAAUCGCUUUUGAAAAAACAUCUAUUAUAA